CUUCCCCGGCCUGAGUCAGCAGGUGCAUCACAUGCAUUCUGGAUAAUCGAACCCGAAAGUGUUUUGGCAGAUGACAUAAUCCACGGAUUCAACAGUUGCUGCUGUAACAACAUAAGUUACCGUCUUUCUCCUUCCAGAACAACCACCACUCCACGCCAUUCCAGCUUAAGCCCCCAACCCCGUCCCCAAGUUCGAUGGCAGACACGGAUACAUCCGGCCAUGCGCCAGCGGCGCCCAUCGCACCAGUUGCCGUCUUCAAGAAGCGGGGCGCAAAAGGGAAAGCAAACCUUCGAAAACGACCAGCGACACCACCGCCUGCCGACGACAGCGAUGGCUCGGAUUUCUCUUCUUCCGAGGACGAAGCCGGCCAAAGAAUCAAGCGCCGAAAAAGGAACACGGGCGCAGUAGCUGCUUCCUCGAAAGACACCGCAGCCGAAUCAGGCGCUGCAAAGACCGACGACUUGGCAGCAACCAUCUUCGAAGCGGACCGCAACAUCUCCCUCGACCGCGGCAAGCGCGAGGCGACCAAACAGAGCAACUGGUACGACGAAGACGCCGACGGCGCUCUCUCCGCCCGUAACCUCCUCGGCUCGACGCGCGCCAUGCCCACCAUCAAGAAGACAGACCCACGCGACGCCCCGCCAGACGGCACGUACAAGGGCCUGGCAAGCCAGACAAGCUACAUCCAGCGCAACCCCGACGCACCACAGCGGAACGUGGGCCCCAUAAAAGCGCCGACCAACAUCCGCACCAUCACCAUCACCGACAUGGCGCCGGACGUGUGCAAGGACUACAAGCAGACGGGUUUCUGCGGGUUUGGUGACUCGUGCAAGUUCCUGCACGCGCGCGAGGACUAUGCCCACGGCUGGCAGCUCGAUAGAGAAUGGGAGAACGUGACCAAGGGGAAGAAGGUGCUGGGCGGGACGGUGGUGGCCAGCGCUGAGAGGAAGCUGGCUGGUAGUGGUGGGGGGGAAAGGGAGGAAGAUGAGGAAGAGGCGGCCAUGUUGGAGAAUAUACCGUUUGCGUGCAUCAUUUGCAGGGAGGGGUACAAAUCGCCUGUUGUCACGAGGUGUGGGCAUUAUUUUUGUGAGGCGUGCGCGUUGAAGAGGUACCGGAGAGAUCCCAGCUGUGCGGCGUGUGGUGCCGGGACGAAUGGCGUAUUCAAUGCGGCCAAAAGGUUACAGAAGUUGCUGGAUAAGAAGAGGGAGAGGGCCGCAAGGAAAAGGCAAGAGGCGAUAGAGGCGGGUGAGGAGGUUAGUGACGAAGGGGAGGGAGGAGAAAAUUCAUGAAUAUAUGAUUUACCCAU